AUGCGUAUCCAAUCUCUUGCUGCAAGCCUCGCUCUUGUGUCCGGCGUUUUCGCUGCGCAAUUGACUCAAGUCUCGAACUAUGGCGGUAGUGCGCGAGCGAAGCCUGGCAUGUGGGUAUAUGUGCCCGAUCAAGUCAAGAGCGACGCACUGGUCGUGGCAAUCCACUCGUGUCAAUCAUCGGCGCAGAAGUACUUCCAGAACUCCCUGAUUCCUUGGAAGAAAGGCUCAGACACCAAAGGCUCGACAACCGAGUGUUGGGAUGUGUCCAGCAAGGCUUCGCUGUCCCAUAACGGUGGCGGCGAUUCGAAUGCUAUCGCGAAUAUGAUUACGUAUGCGAUCGAUAAGUACAAGAUCGACCCUAAGAAAGUGUUCGUGACCGGUGGUUCUUCUGGUGGCAUGAUGAGUAAUGUCCUGGCGGCCACUUAUCCCGAGCUCAUCAGCGCGGUGUCACUGUACUCUGGUGUGCCAGCUGGGUGUUUCGUCUCCGCUUCUGGGGCAGCAGCAGCGUGGAACAACACUUGUUCUGGCGGACAGUCCAUCUCGACUGCGCAACACUGGGGCGACGUAGUUCGGGCAAUGUACCCAGGAUAUAACGGAACACACCCGCGCAUGCAAUUUUGGCAUGGCUCUGUAGACGGAACACUUAGCCCAAAGAACUACGAUGAGACGUUGAAGCAAUGGACUAAUGUAUUUGGUGUCAGUACCACACCGACGAGCUCGAAGAAAGAUACACCAGAGAGGAACUAUCGCACUGAUGACUUCGGUCCAAGCGUCGAGGGUAUCUGGGCAGUGGGUGUAGGACAUAGUGUUCCCUCGCAUCUGACAGUGUCAGAAGCCUGGCUUGGCUUGUAA